AUGACUUCAUCCGCGAAAGCCUCAUCUACGAAGGCCCCAUCUGUGAAGGCCGGAAAUGUGAUCUCAUCACUCACAGUCCUGAAGGGCUUCAUUGACUCGAUUCCUGCGGAUGCUACGCUAUAUCUCGACCUCGAAGGUAAAAGUCUUAGCCGCAACGGGACUCUUACCAUUAUAACCAUUCUCGUACACCCUACAAAAGUCACGAGGCUUAUCGAUGUUCAGACUCUUGGCAGCGCAGCUUUCACCACGCCUGGCACAAAUGGAAAGACAAUCAAGACUAUACUGGAGGACCCUCAAAUAUCUAAGUGUCUCUGGGACGUACGUAACGAUGCUGAUGCCCUCUGGGCUCACUACAAGGUCCGUCUCGCGGGAGUCACAGAUAUACAGCUCCUAGAGAAUGCCUCACGAAUUACCGAUAGAACGUACGUUCGUGGGCUUGAGACCUGCGUCGAGAAUGAUCUCAAGCUGGGGUUUGCAGAGCUUCACAGAUGGACCCUCACCAAGAGGACGGGCAAGUCUUGCAUAGUCGGCGAUAUUUUUUCCGUUCGCCCUUUGGACACUCUGGCCAAGGAAUAUUGUGUCAAUGACGUUGUACACCUGCCUGCGCUACAAGUAACUUACACAAAGCGGAUGAACAGCCAAUGGAUGAAAAGGGCUAUGGACGAGAGUGCACGUCGUGUGGACGAAGCCUGUUCUCCAGAAUACAAGCCCCAGUCGGAGAAGAAGAAGCUCAGGCCAUGGGGGCCAGGAUCGGGGAUCAAGGAAUUGACCAUGGAUGACUGGCUCGAGAAGUUUGAUGAUGACAGGAUAAAUAGCAUGGAGAAUGAUAUGUUCUGCGAUAGUGACUAUGACGACCUCAAAGGGGUCUGGGAAAACUAG